AUGCGUGAUCUCACCAACAACAGGUCGGUUGAACCAGAACAACAGCCAGUUUCAAAUCCCUUUGAAGACGAGAACUCACCAUCUUUCGAAUCCUGUAGACAGUCCCUGGGCUCUGACGAUGAGAACUCUCACUAUGGGAAGCCAUUCAAUGCUUACAAUGGAUACUACUCCGAAAAUGGCACAGCACAGAAUUUACUUUUAAAUCACAAUAAUUCCACUGAUAAUCACCUUCUCGACAUCGGAAGCAACCACCCAGGAAGGGACUCUGGCAGCAACGGCGGUGCUGAUUCCCCCGGUUCGAAUAAUUUGUUCGUUCCUCCAGAGUAUGACAGGUACCCUUCCUUAGCAAACUCAAGAGUCGUCUCAUCCACCUCACUAAACAGACAUUCAAACUUGCAGAGUCCCUUGUAUGAAAAGCACAUCCACGACCAAAAUGGUAGCGGAAUGGAAGACUCUUCUUCACAAACCAACCCAUUCCUCGUCUCUACUGAUUUCAGUCCAUUUGGAGGAUAUCCAGCAUCGUCCUUCCCAUUGCACAUCGAUGAGAAAGAACCGGACGAUUAUCUUCAUAAUCCUGACCCUAUAGCCGACGCUGAGUACGACAAGAACAGGUUUAUGCAUGAUUUGAAGAAUAUGGAUAGAAGAUCACUUGGUGGUCUCAUUGGGAUCAUUUGCCUUUUCAUUGCUGCCGUUGUAGUUUUCAUUUUAUUACCAGUCUUCUUUUACGCUGUUAAUUAUACUUCAACGCCAGAAAGUUAUGAAAUCUUAACGAACUACGAGUACCCAACAUUGAGCGCAAUCAGGACCAGUUUAAUUGAUCCUGAUACCCCUAGUGCCAACAAGGUUAGAACAACAUCAACAGGUGAAGAAUGGACUUUGGUUUUUUCCGACGAAUUUAAUGCUGAAGGUAGAACAUUCUACGAAGAUGAUGAUCAAUUCUGGAAUGCUCCAGAUUUAAAUUAUGCUGCUACAAAGGAUUUAGAAUGGUAUGAUCCAGAUGCAGUGACCACUGCUAACGGUACAUUGAUUUUGAGAAUGGAUGCUUAUAAGAAUCAUGAUUUAUUCUACAGAUCUGGAAUGGUCCAGUCUUGGAAUAAAUUCUGUUUCACACAAGGUUUAUUGGAAAUUUCCGCUAGAUUACCCAACUACGGUAACGUCACUGGUUUGUGGCCCGGUUUAUGGUCAAUGGGUAAUUUGGGAAGACCAGGCUAUAUGGCUACCACUGAAGGUGUUUGGCCAUACUCAUAUGAUGCCUGUGAUGCAGGUAUUACCCCUAAUCAGUCUUCUCCUGAUGGUAUUUCUUAUUUACCAGGACAAAGAUUAAACUCCUGUACCUGUAAAGGAGCUGAUCAUCCUAAUGCAGGUACUGGUAGAGGUGCCCCAGAAAUCGAUGUAAUUGAAGGUGAAGUCGAUACUACGGUUAAGGUCGGUGUUGCUUCUCAAUCAUUACAAAUUGCUCCUUUUGACAUUUGGUACAUGCCUGACUAUAGUUGGAUUGAGAUUCACAACGCUUCAACGACAACCAUGAAUACUUAUGCUGGUGGACCGUUCCAACAAGCUGUGUCUGCAACGACUACUUUGAAUACCACUUGGUAUGAAUUUGGAUCAGGAGAGCACAAUUUUCAAAGGUAUGGUUUUGAAUACUUAAAUGAUGAUGACGAUGGAUAUUUGACUUGGUACGUUGGAUUAAACCCAACUAUGACUAUUCAUGCAAAUGCCUUACAUGCAAACGGUAAUAUUGGUGCAAGAAGACUUUCAAAAGAACCAAUGUCUUUGGUUUUGAACUUGGGUAUUUCCAACAAUUGGGCAUAUAUCGAUUGGGCAUCGCUUAAUUUCCCUGUUGAAUUCCAUAUUGACUACGUGAGAGUAUAUCAACCGGAUGAUGAAAUCAACGUUACCUGUGAUCCUACUGAUUACCCAACAUAUGAUUAUAUUGAAGAGCAUUUGAAUGCCUAUUCAAAUAACAACUUGACAUCCUGGGCAUUGGCAGGCUAUACCAUGCCAAAGAAUAAAUUGACAGGUGGCUGUAGUACCUAA